GCCGACGAACGCCCCUUUACCAAUUUCUUCUUGUGUCUCACUAAUUUUUACGCCGCAGAGUGAAGAUAGGUCAAGAUUUUGUUCGAAGGAAUUCAUUGCACAGAAUGACGACAACGACGGUCACGGCAGCGCCGGUCAGUUUUGGCGGCGACCCGGUGAUAGAGUAUACGAAAUGGAAAGAGCCGGUAUGGAUCGCGCUUCCGGGCACCAUCGCCGGGGCGCUGGCGCUGGUUUUCAUCGCGUUUCUGCAAAUGACGAUAAAGGGCCAAAAGAUUGGCGCCGACAUCGGCGUGCCAAAGUUGGACAAGCUGGCGGCACAGGUACGGGAUUGACUUUACGAGUCAGCGUUUUCGUGAUAACCGUCUGUAAUUUAGUUUUAUUUUUUUGCUUCUAACCGGCUUCGUUGUUCUUGAUUCCGCUGGCUCCAACAUCGAUGCGCUUGCUGGACAUCAAAAUCAAAUCGAACGAAGAUGUAAAAUGAACGCACAACUGAAGGUGAAAAGCGGCUCCAAGGCGUUUCUGAUGAUCGAGUACAAAUUUCUCGCCGUCUUUGUCUUCAUCCUGGGUAUGGUCCUGCUGGCCCUUUUCUGGGCGGAGCCCAUCUCUGAUAGCUCCGGUCUUAUGGCCCAGAAGAACCCCGGAACGGACGGCGUGCGUGUGAUGGGUGCCUUUUUUGUCGGGGCAAUCCUUUCCGGAGCGGCUGGCUGGCUGGGAAUGACUGUCGCCACUGACGGGAACGUGCGCACCGCCGCGGCUUGCGCGUCUGGUUCCAUGAACGACGGAUUGAGAACCGCCUUUACGGCAGGUUCUGUUAUGGGCUUCACCGUCGUCGGCCUGGGACUCUCCGGGUUGAGCCUCAUGUUCUGGGUGCAGACGCUCGACCGUGAUCCGGUGGUGGUGAUGGAGAUUCUCGCGGGGUUUGGGGUCGGUGCAAGCUCUAUCGCAUUGUUUGCGCGUGUGGCCGGCGGAAUCUACACCAAGGCGGCGGACGUCGGGGCCGAUUUGGUAUCAUGUGUGAAUAGUAAAGAGGAAUGGAAGUGUGGACAGGCUUUUUCCGGAGAGAAGGAGAUUGUGCAAAUUCUACAUGAUGUAGGUUAAGGUUUUCGGUUGUACUUUGUUGAAAUAAUGCAUGUCGUCUUUACAUAAAAAGUUCGCGAAUAAGGACGAGUGUUGACAACAUGAAUUUCCUCAGGUCGGCAAAGUCGAGGCCGGUAUCGAUGAAGACGAUCCACACAACCCAGCAGUGAUCGCAGACAAUGUGGGCGACAACGUGGGUGAUGUGGCCGGUAUGGGCGCGGACUUGUUUGAGUCCUACGUGGGGAGCAUCAUUGCCGCGGCUACGCUGGCCGGAGACACUCCAGUUCUGAUGGCUCUGCCCUUCGUCCUCGCGUCCGUUGGCAUUUUCUGCUCGUUCGCCGGUUACUUCAUGGUAGGGACCAAAGAGGAAGGAAAGGGCUGGGACGUGCAUCUCGGAACUCUCAUGUGGGCACUGGAAAAGGGUACAAACACAAAUCAUAUUUUUUAGAUUAGCUGGGUUGGUGUAGUUGUUCCUGUCUGCAUGUAAACAAGUGGGCCGCGUGUUUAUUUGGCAAAAAAUAUAAGAAGAACGAAUCCGUGAGAUAGAAACUGUGAACCAUUUUUCGUUGCAGCAGAUUUGGGUCCAAACAUUUAGAUUUUGUGCGUCGCCAACAAAUCUCUAGGUAUGUACACUGCGGGCUUUUUAUUCAUCGGGCUCGCCGCCGUAGCGAUCUUCUUGAUGUUCGACAAUGCGGAGCAGGGCUGGAGGCUAUACGGUUGCAUCUUGAUUGGCUUGUUCUCCGGGAUUCUCAUCGGUAAGGUCACCGAGUACUUCACGAGCUUCGACUUCUCCCCGACCAUCUCCAUCAAAAACGCCGGCAGGACCGGGCCAGCAACGGUUGUCAUUCAAGGUAUUUAAUGGUACUCAAGGUGUUCUGUUUUUUGUUCUUGCAUACGUCUGACGUUCAGAGAUACUUUCAGAAUAAAGGCGCGCAAGCACCACCAAGCCGCCGUUUAGGGCUUGACUUGUCGAUUUAGUUCCCGAUGCGCAAAUGAUUUGCAUGAAGCUCGUGCCGUGCCAGCGAAAAAAAAUUCUUUAUAUCAUUGACUUCUACAACGUUCUUGCAGGUAUCGGCGUUGGUAUGAUUUCCUGCGGUCCGCCCACGGUCAUUCUGGUGGCGACGAUUCUGUCCUGCGCCGAACUGACCCCGGAUGGAGUCGACCCUGCCUACGGCGUGUCGAUUGCCGCGGUGGGUAUGCUCUCCACCCUCGGUAUCACCCUGGCCACGGACGCCUAUGGCCCGGUCGCCGAUAACGCGGGCGGCCUCGUCGAGAUGGCGGGAUUAGACUCCUCCGUCCGCGCAAAGACAGACUCGCUCGACGCGCUGGGCAACACCACCGCUGCCACCGGAAAAGGGUUUGCCAUCGGUUCCGCCGUGCUCACCGCCCUGUCGCUCAUGGCUGCCUUCAUAUCGCAUUAGAAAAAGGUUUCACUGUGGCGAUUUUGCGUGCAGGAAAUUGUGUCGCCUAUGCGCUGUGUUGGGAUUUGGGUUGUGGAAUUUGCAUCAUUGAAGCAGUCCUCGUGCAUGAAUUUAGUACUACCCAUACGCGCUUCCGAACGGAAGACAGUAAAUAAACUGUGCAUCACAAGUUCAUCACACAGUGAAAGAUUUUUUUUCGCGAUAUGUGAAGCAGAAAGUUCAGGGCAACACGAUAAUCAUUUUUGAUAUCAGCGAUGCGUCCACCAUGGCGGGCUGCUUGUUCGGCGCGAUGCUUCCAUACCUGUUCGGCGCGCUGACCAUGAUCUCCGUCGGUAAAGCCGCGGCAGAAAUUAUCGAGGAGGUAAGAAGGCAGUUCCGGGAGAUCCCGGGCCUGAGAAACGCCAUCGAAAGAGCAAGCCGUGGCGAAGAAAUCCCGCCGGAGGAAGACGUCGAGCCGGACAGCGACCGCUGCGUCGCGAUCUCCACUGCGUCCUCCGUGAAGGAAAUGAUCGCCCCAGGCGCCUACGCAGUCUUGGCCCCGUUGUUUGUCGGCUUCACAAUCGGACCGAAGUGCUUGAUGGGAAUGUUGGCAGGUAGAAGAUUUGAAUAUCAACUUGUGUUGAGUAGAUGUUUGAUUUUACUAGAAUUUUCAAAUCGCGUCUGUUGAGUUUAGAAUCCUUUACUGCAAUUGCGAAUCACACCCAGUUGCAGCAGAUGCCUUCCGCACUGUUGAGUGUGCCGCAGACACAUGAAGGUUCCUCUAGUGCUACUUCGUACAGCACCUAGCUGACCAUGAUGAUAUCGUAAAUCCAAACUACAGGCAGCAUCGUUUCCGGGGCCAUGAUUGCCAUCAUGAUGUCGAACGCCGGCGGCGCGUGGGACAACUCAAAGAAGCUGUGUGAGAAGCUGAAGAUCAAAAAGACAGAGCAAGGAAAGGCCUGCGUGAUUGGCGACACCGUCGGGGACCCCUUCAAGGACACCAGUGGGCCGGCACUGAAUAUCCUGAUCAAAUUGAUGUCCAUGGUCAGUUUGCUCAUCGCCCCAAUCAUCAAGGACAACAAAGAUUACGAGGACUGGUAUAUGGUUUUGUUUUGCUACCUUCUAAUCUAGAGAGGGACACAAUCGCAGAGUGUAGAUCUUCUUGACGAACCGGAAUUGACGGCAAAUUAUUAAAAAAAAUUAAAAAAUUAAAAAACCUACUCUCAGGUGGCUGGGCAUGGUGCCCCUGGGUGUCUUCGUGAUCAUCACGGCUGUGCUCAUUUUGCAAGGUGUGCUUUCCUUCAAGGAUCCGCUCGAGUUUGCCCCGCCAUCCGCCCCGCCCACCCCGACCGCGGAAGGCGUUCCAGUGGAGGGCAAAACCGCGGAAUCUGUUCCGGUAGUUGUUGGCUCCACUAGUCCUAAGAACAGUCCGGCAAAUGCCUUGUGAUAAGUCCUUUUUUUCUGUGUCGGAUUAGAUUUUUUCAUGAUGCUGAUACAGAGGCGAGAACGUGGUUUUAGAUUCAUUCCACGCGGCCCUGACGAGAGGGAAGAGUGUUUUGCUACAAUGAGGAGGCGAGUUUAUAAAUUCGAGCCCAAGACGAUGACGUUACGUACGCUUCUUGGCGUUGUGUAUGAAAGUGUAAGGUUAGGUUACAAUUCAAUUUUUAGUACGAGAGAAUUUCAUCGGAAUACCGGUCGGAAAAAGUGAGGAAUUAUAGUAUUUAGAGCGACAGAGAAUUAUCCGCCCGCACAAUCGAUCGGGAAAUGCAGCUACGCCAUACGUAGUACAAGAUCCAAUUUAUGUCUGCGACUGAUAUUAUGAAAGAUCCGACAUUGUCGAAGAUGCGUAAAUACCUGGGAACUGGUGCCAAAUUUGAGCGCCGAAAAAUAGCGCUUCAUUUAGAAAAUGUACCGAAGGAUAAGCCCGUGCACAGAUGAUUGAUUUAGACGCCGCAGAUUCAAAGAAUUACGGCUAAGCAGCGUCGCUCUCCCUGCGGAACGCACAAUGAUUCCUUUACCUCAGCGUCACGUGAAUACAGUCGGGCGUUGUGCAGUUUAAAAUCAAAUCCUGUACUGAAAUUCGUUUCACUUCAGGGCUCAGCUGUCACAUGCGACAAAUACAAAGCACGCCGCGCGCCGUCUUUGCUUUUGUAGGUCAGUCAGUGGCUUAUUGCGUUUUGCGUACUGCGAUUAUGUUCUAUGAGGUGCGUUUGGGUGUUGGGGGGAAGAACGAGAGCGUGCGAGAUGAUCAGAGUGUAUGUACUUCAUUGUAAACGCACACGUCUACGAUUAAGGAAAGAUGCCACACGAUUUCAUCGUCAAAUAAUAGGUUGUCGAAACCCCCGCUGCACCCGCUGAGGGUGAUGCCGUCGCAGCUGACAAGGUUGAAGUGCAAGUGCCGGCAGGAGGCGACGAGGGGAGUCCAAAUCAGAGUCAGGAAGCGUAGGGCAACAUUGUUCGUUGUCUGGAAGGUUGGUGGAUUUGGUUGUCGUUUCAACUUUUAGUUUCCGUAGUUCUCUUGUUACCAAAGUUCUUGUAUUUUCUUUGUAUGAGCCGCUGGCCGCUUGGUAGCGGCCCUCACCUCGUGUGUAUGAAAACUUUUUCAUUGCGUGUUAGAUGCAGUAGUACCAGGUGGAAAGAUUUUGAGUCCUUCGUAGUUGGGUCCGAGUUUGUGUUGGAGAGCAGUACGAAUUAUUCUGCAAGGGUGCCACACUGCAGCUCGUUCUCAAAGCAUCAUCAUCAAAAGUUUAAGACUAUGCGAAAAUUUCAGUAUGUUGUAGAUCAUCGUGUGUCAUCUUGUAGGCGCAUGCAGCUCUUUCCGAUACGUCGUUCAACACCGGCUAGCCAAAGGCGCAGUCGCGAAUCUCACUCAAGUUUUCAAAGUUCUGAGAAACAAAAAACCGUUUCGCACGUUGCAAAUGAAAAUGUACAUAGGUAAACGAAAAGCAAUAUUUGUGGCAAACACAAUUUGAAGAUCUGCGGAAGGGGACGAGAAAUGAAGACAAGCUGCUCGAAGAAAUAGGAUUAAGAUGCUGGCACAGAUUUGUUGCGCUCCAAG